ACCCAACAGACGCAUAUUUAUUUCAAUAUAAACCUUAUUUAUUAUUUCAAAAGUGGUAUUAAUCUUAAAUAGAUUCUUUAUCGCUUGAAUUCUAUUGAGGCUCAAAUUCAUUUUAUUAACAAUUCAUUAGAAUAAUUUCUCGUGAUAAUGUUCGUCUUUAGUAAAAGCGUACAAAUAAAAAUAGUUUAUUUUUCUCAUGUGAACUUUGUUAUCCUCUAUGGGGAUUAAAAUUAUAGAUACCUUCCUUAAGUGGUUAUAUGUUAUAGGUUGGGUUACAUAAUGUUUUUUCAAUCUAAUACCAGUAUGCGUGCUUCAUCUCAAAUUAUACCUAGAAUUGAACUAAUUCGAGAACGAGUGUUUCAGACAUUUUCCAAUGGCCCGAACAAGGGAGAAAAUUUUGAAAAAAAUUUGAAAAAUCUUCUAUCUGUCAUGGACAAGCUCACUGCCGAAGACGUCAAGUUAGACAAGAGUCUCUUGAAGGCUCAUCGAUUGGCUCCUGUCACUUACAUAGAGAUCCUGAAGACGACCAAAUAUGUGAUCAACAUGUUCGUCCUGAGGCCGGAAAGCAAACUCCCCCUCCACGAUCACCCUGCGAUGCAUGGGAUAUGUAAGGUGGUUUCUGGAAAAGUGAACAUCAAGAACUUCUCCCUCAUCGCUGAAGGGUUCUCCACUCUUGGAAUGGAGAGGUUGUUGACCGUAAAAGAACCCGAGAGGACGCUCACCGAAAAAGACCCAGCUGUUCUUCUGACCCCGAGUAAAGGUAACAUCCACGAGCUUCAAGCGAAAGAAGAUGGUGCUGCGUUCGUCGAUGUCCUAGCGCCGCCAUAUUCUUCUUCGAUCGAAGGCGUCGGUCCUCGGACUUGCAACUACUUCGAGGAAGUUGGUGAAAACCUUGGUUAUACAGAACUAGUCAAAAUAGAGAACGCUCCUGAUUUUUGGACUGACGUAUCCCCUUACCUCGGCCCUUAAUCAAUAACUGUUAUUUUUAGUAACUGUUAUUGACCCAUUACUAGUAACUGUUUAUUAUUCGUC